CUUUGUAUCAGCAGCGGAGUCUGUGCAUUUACUGAAAGAGAACGACACGAAAAAAGUAUUUGAAAAAUUUCAUUAAGAGUGAAUGAGCGAGUGACGUCACACUUCAAAAUGUCGUUCUUUGGAGGCAACCCGUUUGCGACGCCUGUGGGCCAGAAAAUCGAACAGGCCACAUCCGAGACACUCGCAUCCGAAGACUGGGGGCUGAACUUGGAGGUGUGCGACUUGAUAAAUGAGUCCGAGGAAGGCCCCAGGGAUGCUGUCAAGGCGAUCAGGAAGCGUCUUACUAGCCAGCCCAAGAAUUAUAGUGUGGUUAUGUACACUCUGACAGUACUAGAGACAUGUGUCAAGAAUAGUGACAAGCGUUUCCAUGUCCUUGUCUGUAGCAAAGAUUUUGUACAAGACCUGGUUAAACUUAUAGGUCCCAAGAACGAGCCACCACCAGCAGUGCAGGAGAAGGUCUUGUCGCUUAUCCAGUCGUGGGCUGAUGCUUUCCGUCACCAGCCUGAGCUUGCAGGAGUUAGUCAGGUGUAUGCUGACCUGAAGCACAAGGGUGUGGAGUUCCCCAUGACCAAUCUCGACACCAUGGCACCCAUCCUGACUCCACAGCGGACGGUAGCAGCUCCAGAACCUCGUCCUCCCCGUGUGCCCUCUGGAGUACCCACUUCUCCUCGACGUCAAGCAGCCCACCAGCCUCCACCUCCUCCAGCUGCACCUGUCACCCUAACAGCAGAACAGCGAGCCAAGCUGCACAGCGAGCUAGAUGUCGUGGAGUCAAAUGCAAAAGUUUUAGCUGAGAUGCUGUCUGAACUUUCACCUGGCAAGGAGCACCAGGAUGAUGCUCAGUUGCUGCAGGAAUUACAUGCAACCUGUCGAGCAAUGCAGCAACGUGUGGUAGAACUUGUUGGUCGUGUGAAUGAUGACCUUCUCACAGCUGACCUGCUGCGUAUAAAUGACAACCUUAAUAAUCUUUUCCUGAGAUACGACCGGCACAUGAGCAAGGUGAAAGGCAUUAGCAGUCCCACGAGAUCCCCCCAGCAGGUCCCCCCCACACAGCAGCCCCCCCAGAUUCCACCCCCCCAGCGAGCUCCACAGGCAGAGGUGUCCUUGAUUGAUCUGGCUGAUGAACCACCUUCGGCCCAGCUAGCUAGUCUUACUGUUGGAAGCUCUCCCAAAGUGAAGAAAAAUGAAGAUGCAGACUUUGAUAUGUUUGCACAGUCACGAACUGCAACUUAUGAAAAUGCAAAAGUCAGUGGCAGCAGCUACCAAGAUAAUGCUGAUGUGGAUGUAAGCGGUGCCUCACUUGCUCGCACAGCACAGCUUAGACACAAUCCGCAGGAGCUGUGGCAACAGAAAGACAGUGACUUUGACGCGAUAGAAGCCUGGCUAAAUGAAAAUCCUGGUGAGGGGCAAGCUGGUGCUGGGCCAAGACAGGAGCCUAUAUCGUCAUCAGAAUUUGACCGCUUCCUUGCUGAACGAGCAGCUGCAGCCGAUGCUUUGCCGACCAUCACUGCGGCCACUGGCUCCUCGGGUCAGCGGCAACGAACAAUGGCCCGCGAUGACAAGGAUAACCAGAUGUUUGCCCUUUAGUGUUAAAAGAUUUAUUCUCGGAGGAAGGUUGUCUUACUGGAGAAUUGAUCUCUUUGAUGAAUAAUGUCAGUCUGUGUGUGUGUGUGUGUAUGUAAAUAUAUAAUGUUAAUCAUUGCAAGGUAAUUUCAGUGUUGCGGUCACUGGAAAAUGAUAUAUAUACAGGACUUUGAUUCACUGGUAUGCCUUGUAUAGCAUAUUACCAGAUUCAGUUAUUUUCUCUUAUAUAAAAUUUUAAUGCCAUGACUUGUACAAUAGUGUGUGCAACAGGAUUUUUAACUAUCUUGGUUUAUGUAAUUUUCAUGUGGUACAUUUGUCUUAUUAGAUGAAUUGGGAUAAUUGAAAUGGUUAUACUAUCCCUAAAUAUUUGUGAUAGUCAAAUCAUAGUUAUUUAU